AACCCCAACCCCAACCCACUUGCCUUAAAUUCAGUAUCAACAACAGAGUUAUUCAACUCCACGACUAUUCUUCAUCACCUACAGUUCACACCCAGAGAGAGAGAGUGAAUGGAUGUGGAGAGUAGAGCACAUAACAAUAACUACAAAGGAGGACAGAGAAUGUCUGGAGAAGAAGAAACCACUGUGGAUUGGAGGGGCAGACCCUCCAACCCCAGCAAGCAUGGUGGGAUGAGAGCUGCUGCCUUUGUUCUUGGGCUUCAAGGAUUUGAGAUAAUGGGGAUAGCAGCUGUUGGGAACAACCUAAUAACAUAUGUGAUAAAUGAGAUGCACUUCUCACUGUCAAAGUCAGCCAAUAUAGUGACAAACUUUAUUGGUACUGUCUUCAUCCUUUCCCUCCUUGGUGGCUACCUCUCUGAUUCUUAUCUUGGUUGCUUCUGGACCAUGCUCAUCUUUGGCUUUGUUGAACUUUCUGGUUUCAUAUUACUAUCAAUCCAAGCCCAUCUACCCCAGUUAAAGCCACCACAAUGCAACAUGGCAACAACAAAUAUUGGAGACCACUGUUUGGAAGCAAAAGGACUCAAAGCCUUAAUCUUUUUUGUGGCACUUUACUUAGUGGCCUUAGGGAGUGGAUGUGUAAAACCAAACAUGAUUUCACAUGGUGCUGACCAAUUCAACAAAGAUAACCCCAAACAGUCCAAGAAGCUCUCAACCUACUUCAAUGCUGCCUACUUUGCCUUCUCAGUGGGUGAACUUGUUGCCCUAACUAUUCUUGUUUGGGUCCAAACCCAUUCCGGCAUGGACGUCGGCUUCGGAGUCUCUGCAGCUGCCAUGGCAAUGGGGUUGAUUAGCUUGGUCUGUGGCACUGUUGUUUAUAGGAACAAGCCUCCUCAAGGAAGCAUCUUCACCCCUAUUGCUCAAGUUUUUGUGGCUGCCAUUUUAAAGAGAAAGCUAGUGUGUCCAUCUAAUCCACAAAUGCUCCAUGGAAGUCAAAGCAAGGUCCCAGAUAACCACAUCACAGUGCCUUCGAAUGCCGCCUCGGGCAAUCUUCUUCUUCAUACUGAUAGGUUCAGGUUUUUGGACAAGGCCUGCAUAAAAAUCCAGGACAAUUCAAUGAACAAUACAAAAGAAAGUCCUUGGAGACUUUGCACUGUUACACAAGUAGAGCAAGUGAAAAUCCUCUUCUCUGUCAUACCGAUCUUCGCUUGCACCAUAGUCUUCAACACCAUUUUAGCACAACUCCAAACAUUCUCAGUCCAACAAGGGAGUUCCAUGAACACUCAACUCUCCAAAACCUUCCACAUCCCUCCGGCUUCGCUCCAAUCCAUCCCUUACAUCAUGCUCAUCGUCAUAGUCCCUCUCUACGACACUUUCUUCGUCCCUUUUGCCAGAAGAUUCACUGGCCACGCCUCUGGAAUCACCCCCUUACAACGAAUAGGGUUCGGCCUAUUUCUCGUGACUUUUUCAAUGGUUUCGGCUGCCCUAAUGGAGAGCAAGAGGAGGAAUUCAGCUGUAAAUGAGAAAAAAAUAUUGUCCAUUUUUUGGAUCACACCACAGUUCUUGAUUUUUGGGUUAUCAGAGAUGUUCACAGCUGUCGGUCUCAUUGAGUUCUUCUACAAACAGUCUUUGAAGGGAAUGCAAGCAUUUUUAACAGCUAUAACCUAUUGUUCAUACUCAUUUGGGUUCUAUUUAAGCUCUGUACUUGUUUCUUUGGUGAAUAAGAUCACUUCAAGCUCAUCUAAUGGAGGGUGGUUGAGUGACAAUGAUCUCAACCAUGAUAGAUUGGACCUUUUCUAUUGGAUGCUAGCAGUUUUGAGCUUCCUUAACUUCUUCAACUACUUGUUUUGGGCUAGAUGGUAUUCUGGUAAUUUGUGUGUACCAUCAGAUACUCAACAGUCUGGCUUUAAUGGGGAGGACUUGAAUAACCAUCACAGUUUCAACUCUUCCAAACAUAUUGGAGAUGCCAAUAUUGCUUGAAUGGAAAUAAUUAUCUCUAUAGAUGACUUUUUUAGUUUUUAAACAGUCUCUUAUGAGUCUGGUAUUGCUAUUAGAGAUAUGUAAAGGCAUGCCUAGGGGCUCCUUGUACAAGAAAUAUGCCGAAGGGCACCUUUUAAGUUGGAAAUGCAAUGUAUUUUAUAUGGCAAUAAUAUUACAUACCCAGAAUUUUAUUCA